UUGUGACACUUUCAACUAUUUAGUGCCCAUUUGUAAAAAAUGAUUUUCAAGAAAUUAAAGUGAUUCACAUGUUCCUGAUUUGAAGAAGAUGAUGAUGUUCCAGUCUUAUUGAAGGCGGUGCUUGUUGAAUCAUUCACUUUCUAAUGUCAGAAGACAUCACCAGCAACAGCGAUGAUAAUAACCCAUCCACGCCAUCAAAUACACCCUAUCAUCAUCAAGUUAAAACGGAACAAGAUAUGAUGAGGCUUUGGGGAAUCCUUAUUUUCGGAGUAAUUGGAGCUACUGCCACUACUUUCGCUAUCAAUCAACUGCGGAGGACCGGAGAUUACUUUUAUUCUCAGUUUACUAGGUCACAGUCAUCGUAUAGAGGCACCACCAAUGGUUCUUCCCGAUCAAGUUUUCAGGAGGAAGCUCGGAAAAGGUACGCCCGACGCAUGCAGGAGGAGUAUGAAGAAGAGAUGGAGAGAGUGGAGCGUAUAAGGCGCAUGCAAAGUGUCUUCAAUAGGGAGAAAAAUAAGUAUAGAAGGGGCUAUGAGAGAUGGAGCGAAGAUAGUUCAGAUGGAUAUCAACAACAUUUUCAACGGGAUGAUUGGUAUUGGAAAGCCGAGACAAUGUAUGGAAAUAGGAGUAAUUUUAAGGAACCCCCUCAGGCCCCUGCAAAUUAUUCUUUGUCCCAUCACUAUGCCAUACUGGGUCUCAACAGGUCAAGGAAAAAUCCAUACACAGAUGAUGAGAUCAAGAUGGCAUUCAGAAACAAGGCAAAACAAUAUCACCCUGAUCAAAAUCAAGAAAAUAAAGAGGUUGCGGAAGCAAGGUUCAAGGAGGUUAUGAGUUCUUAUGAGGCCAUUAAAUCUGAAAGAAAGAACAUCAAGUAGAUGGAAUGAAACACAUUUACAAGUUGCUGAUUGCUAACCAAUACCCAAUUAUUUAAUUUUAUUAUAGUAUGUCUUGUGUGGUUUUGACAAGUAAUGUAAAUAAUAAUAAUAAUAGUCUUAUUUAUUUAUUAGACUUGACUAUGUCUAAACCUAAUUAAUAGAUACUUGUUAGGAGCUGUGUGAUGUAACGGUAUGUAAGAAUAACCUUGGUAUCUCAAGAAAAAUGCUAUUUGCAUCCUUUAUG